AUCGUCUCAAAAUCAUCAUCCCAAAAAAGUUUGAAUCGCAAUGUCGUUACUUGCACUUCAGGAGAAGCUACAGAUAGCAUCAAAAGACUUCCAAAAGCUCCAGUCGGAUUUAUCCGUUGCAGUCGAUGCGAGGCAGAGACUGGAUGCACAGUUAUCCGAGAAUGAAAUGGUGAAAAAGGAGUUUGCGCUUUUGAAGCCAGGAAAUGAGGUGUACAAGCAAAUCGGGCCCGUUUUAGUGAAACAAGAUCAGGCAGAGGCGAAGAGUAAUGUUGAUACGCGGCUCGAGUUUAUUCGUGGAGAAAUAAACAGAAUAGAGGUACAGAUAAAGGACGUCGAGACCAAGUCGGAGAAGAAAAAACUCGAACUUGUUGAAAUGCAAACCGCUAUUCAACAGCAACAGGAGCAACAACAGUAAUAACGUCUCGAAAGCAGCGCCUCUUCUAGCCCUUCGUUUGCAAAGGUCUUCUUUGAAUCCUCAACUCGGAUGCAUCGUCGUCCAAACGGAUCAUGGUGCGCUCACGUUGUUAUUAAGCAUUAGCUUGUAUAGUAGACGGUGGCAGCGGCGACGGCGACGAUAAUGCUUGUAAUAUAGGUGAAUUUGAAUGUGCAUCCUGGGACUGUGCCUCCUCCACUCUCUGUGCACGCAACUUCUCUCGCUCCGUCUCCGGACUUUUUACGAUUCUUUCCAGUUUGAAUCUCUUCCUAGCAGAAAUCGGUGGGCAGUUUCGAAUGAUAACGACGUCGUCUUUCCUUAAUUCUGGCAGUCAUUCGAGCUCAAGAUGUGUUUCCUUUCGGUGCCAAGAAGAGAACGCACUAUUUUGAGGAUCAUGAGUGAGAUACUUUUUGCUCCUA